AAAAUUUUCCACAAGGCUCUCUUUCUCAGUUGCUUCUUCCUCUUCCUCUUCCUCUUUGUACUCUUCAAUACCAACAAUCAACCAAAGCAACAAACUUCCAUUGAACUCUCUCUCUCUCUCUCUCUCUCUCUCUCUCUCUCUCUCUCUCUCUCUCUCUCUCUCUGGGUGAGUGUGUGUAGAGUUUGAUGGCUUUACUCUCAUCAUGUUGGCUCAUCAUAGAGUCCAUAAUCAUCCAAGACAGUUUCCUGAAAUGGACCUACAUGAAAGUAUAUGUAAACCCUGUUUUUCUUUUUCUUUGCCAAGUUCUUCUUUGGCUCAGCAUGCUCUAUCUAUGGCUUCUCAGACACUUUAGGUUAUUUUACGACACAGUUUUAUGGAUCUUGGCUAUGUUUCAUAAGCAACUGAUCCGUUUUGUCCUGUUUAUCAGAAGGGAUGCAACACGGGUCGAGUCUAGGCAAGUCGUCGAUAUCGUUAACAUGGAGAUUUCCAGAAAAGUUCAUAGCUUUGCUCCGGUCUUUUAUUCACAUAACUUUUUUAUUACGGCGUCUAAUAAGUCGAAGGUUAUUUGGGUUCAAGAAAAUGAGAUCCUCGAGGAAGAGGAAGAAGAGGAAGAGGAAAACGAAGCUUUCGAAGAAUGUGAAGAAGAUGGUGCAGCCGUUCAGCUACUUGAGGAAGAUGAUGACGCCAUUUAUGAGAAGAACAUGAAAAAAGAUCUCGAGCUUGAAUGCCGAACAAGUGAGGAGAACGGAAUUGAAGAGGAAGAGAGUUCAACUGUUGAUGAUGGAGAAGAUGAUAACGCCAUUGAUGAGAAGAACAUGGACAAGGAUCUCGAGCCUGAAUGUCGAACAAGUGAGGAGAACGGAAUCGAAGAGGAAGAGAGUUCAUCUGUUGAUGAUGGAGAAGAUACAGUAACCUUGAGCAACAAGUUAUCUACUAUAGAUACCGGUCAAAUGAAUUCAUCGACGGAUUCUGAUGAUCAGUCCUCACCCUUCUCAGAUUUGGCGGUCCGAGAUCCAAUCGAUGAAAACGACGAAGUGUACGAGCAAUACAGCAAAAGAAUGAGAUGGUACGACAUCCUGAAUCAAGACAGAACUUUGGGACUAAGUAUGAUAAUGAACCAGAAAACGGCACGAAAUCUGAAUUCAUCAUCAUGGGACAAAACGGCAGAGAAGCGGCUAAGAGAAAGCGUAGAGAGAGAUCUUGAGCUUGUAUACGUCGCCCAGUCGUGUUUGUCAUGGGAAGCUCUUCGGCAUCAGUACAUGAAGAUAAGAGAGAUGGCGGAAUCCGCCGAUUCAGGAGGAGGGUUUAGCAGUGAUCUCUGCGGAGAUUUGCAGAGGUUUCAGGUGUUGUUAGAGAGGUUCUUGGAAGACGAAAGGUGUGACCGAAGAAGAAGAAGAAGAAGGGUCAUGCGUUUUGUUCAAAGAAGGUUUGAGCUCAUGAGCUUUUUCCAAGUCCCAAAGAUUUCAGGGCAUAGAAGAGAGGGUGGCAAAGGAGGAGGAGUCGGGGCAGGAGAAGCGUUGAGGGCAAUAGAGAGAUGCACACAAGUUUUUCAUGAGUUUGUGAAAUCAGAUGUCCAAAAGCCGUGUUGGUGGGGGCUUCAUGUUCCUUCUCGUGUGGAAGUUGAAGAUCCCCGGGACAUUAAGCUCUUUCUCUCCCUCUCUGAUUCACUCCAUAAGAAGGAACAGUUGUUGAAGAAGAAGAAGAAGAAUACCCAGCAAGGCAAGAACAAGAGCACAAUGGGAGGAUUUGGGGAGCAGCAAGAGGAGAUGAUGAUGAUGGAGAUAGAACUGAAGAUAGUGAGAAGGGUUUUGCAGAUGCCAUUGAUCUCAUCCUCUCACCUCAAGUGGUGCCAGCACAAGCUUGACAGCAUUCACUUCAAUGAUGCCAACAUCAACUAUUCAUCAUCUCUCUCCCCUUUUCUCUUCCCAUCUUCUUGACUCUCUCUCUCUCUCUCUCUCUCUCUCUCUCUCUCUCUCUCUCUCUCUCUCUCUCUCCCCAUUGUUUUACUGCCUUUGUAUAGUCGAAAGACCCUCACUUUUUCGUUGAAUUUCUAUCCACAAAUUGAGUAUAUCCUCUCAUCUACUGUUGAUUAGCCCAUUUUCAAUUGAAAUCUUUGGCCCCUUU